AUGAACAUAAACGAACGAUUGCCAGUAAUAAAACAUCUAUUUUUAAAUAACAAUUAUCUGCAAAGUAUUAAUGGUAUAUGUCAUUGCACAAGUUUAGAGUCUUUGAUUCUGGAUCACAAUGAAAUUGUAACGUUCGCUCUAGAAGAUUUUACUGAGAACAAUAAUCUAAAAUUUCUAUCAUUUGAGAACAAUAAGAUUAGAUCGUUGAAAUUCACGAAACGACUGCAAAAUCUGGAAAAACUUUAUGCUGCAAAUAACUCUUUAACGAAUGGCGAUGAAAUGCAACAUUUAUUCUUAUUGGAAAAUUUGGUGGAAUUAACGUUCGAAGGAAAUUAUUUUCUCACAGAAAUAACCAAGGAUAAUAUGAUCUUUCAGAACUUCGAGUUAACGAAUCCAGAAAUUGUUGGCAAUUAA